UAGCAACCUUGUGGGUUUUGUUUUUGUUGUUUAUUAACAUCUAAAAACAGUCUUGUUUGAUUAAAUUCAUCCCAAUUAAGUGUUUUCGGUUAAAUAAUUGUGAAAAUGAAACAGUACACGGCGUUCCGGCUGGUUAACUCGAAUAUUUGGAUAGUGUAAGAUCGUUAUUGUUCAUCGUCUUGAAGCAACACAUCGGUUAGCGAACUGAUUAGCAUAGUGGAAAGAAUGGAAUUCGACUACAACGACAAACUGUCCUUUCACGCUGAAUGGUACGAUGACGAAGUGUCGUACCAAAAGAAGUUCGUGCUCAACUUCUACCCAAGCGACAACACCGUGGAACUGUUCGAUCGCGAACUGCACAGAGUUUACCUGAAAAGAACUCGCAUGGAAGAGUUGCACAUGAGCGAUAUGUUCGUCGAUAAUACCAUUCGUAUUUAUGGUCGGCAAGUCAAAAUCACCGAUUACGCAGAUACACGAACACAGCGCAUCGUAGGAAAGACCAAAGAACAUACUUUUACCAUCGUCAAACCGUCGUUGGUUGGCAAAUUGGGAGAAGUCAUCGACCAGAUUCAAAAUCGAGGUUUUCAAAUUUGCAAAAUGAAAAUGUGCAACCUAACACGUAAAGAGGUGCUGGACCUCUACGAACCUUACAAAGGUGAUAGUCUCCUCCCUUUCCUUCUCGAGCACCUUGUUUCCGGACCCCUAGUAGCCAUGGAACUAGUAGGAGAGAACGCCCUCCAGCGCUGGCUUGACGAACUAGGCCCUGAUGAUCCUCUCGAAGGCAAACGCACAGCUCCAAACUCCUUGCACGCUCUUUACGGCAAUGACAGCCAAGUGGAGAACGGCUUUCACGCAGCCAAGAGCACUGAACACGCGCGCAGGGAGGCUAAUUUCUUUUUCGGCGAAGCACCAACGCCUAAAGCUUCCAUCAGGCUACACAAUACCACUUGUUGCGUCAUCAAGCCUCACUGCGUGGCACACGGUAAAUUGGGACCUGUUCUGGAAGCUAUUGUCGAAGCCAAGUUCAGGAUAACCGCUUUACAAUUAUUUUAUCUCAGCAGUGCAGCUGCUGACGAGUUCUUGCAGGUUUAUAAAGGCGUAGUGGAGGAUUAUCACGCUCUGUUAUUGAGUUUCGUGGACGGACCUUGCGUGGCGUUGGAGGUGGCAGGUCAGACGGAUGACGUGGAUGCUCACGGGGAUUUCAGGAAGAUUUGUGGUCCUUCUGAUCCGGAUAUAGCCAGGCAGAUCAGACCGGGGACUUUGAGAGCUAGGUUUGGCUGUGACAAGUAUAGAAACGCGGUUCAUUGUACGGACUUAAAUGAAGACACCGCUUUGGAGGUUGAGUAUUUUUUUAAGAUAUUAGAUAGGUGAUAUGGAAAUUGGUAUAGUGGAAUAAACAUUUACAAUAA